AUGGAUGAACAGAAGAAAGCAGUUUAUUUUCUUCUUGUUCUGGAGGUGGUUUUUCUUUCAGUAGCCGUAUAUCCUGCAGCUGGAAAUGAGCAUGUAUCAGCAGUAGGCGAUCCUGGAAUGAGAAGAGAUGGUUUAAGGUUGGCAAUAGAGUCAUGGAAUCAAUGCAAUGAGGUUGGAGAAGAAGUUCCUCAUAUGGGCAGCCCAAGAGCUGCAGAUUGCUUUGACAUAUACAAAACUACUCCAAAGGCAGAAGAAAAGAAAUACGGAUUGGUCCAUAGAGUCACAGAGGAAGACAACAAGCUUGCUGUUGGAGAUCCUUUUCUUGGAGUGCAUCCAAAUGCCCUUUACGAUGUAAACCUUUAUGCUGCUGAUAAGGAACUUUAUUUAGGCUCAAAAUGUCAAGUUGAAGACACCCCUAAUCCAUGGCAAUUCUGGAUGAUCAUGCUCAAGAGUGGCAACAUGGACACUUACGCAGCCAAGUGCCCCCAAAAUGGCCACAGAGUGGGGCCUUUUGGCCCCGAUACUGGGUUCCCUUGCUUUGGAAAAGGGUGCAUGAACCAGCCAUUUGUUUAUCACGAUUACACUACAUUGCAAGGGCCUAAUAGGACGACUCUUAAAGGAAGCUUUUAUGGGUCAUGGGACUUGGAUGCUGAUUUGAGCAGGGGACUGAUGGAUAACAUUUCUUACCAUUCUGUGACAUGGGAGAAGGAAGUUGGACAAGGAAGUUGGAUUUUUCAUCAUCUUUUGAGGACUUCAAUAAAGUAUCCAUGGUUGAUGCUUUACUUGAGAUCAGAUGCCACACAUGGAGUUUCUGGUGGGUACCAUUACCCAACAAGGGGUAUGUCAAAAAUUAUCCCAGAAUCACCAAACUUCAAAGUAAGGUUCACUUUAAAUGUAACCAAAGGUGGGGGUCCUAGAAGCCAGUUCUAUCUAAUGGACAUGGGAAGCUGUUGGAAGAACAAUGGACAACCUUGUGAUGGCAAUGUUACUUCAGAUGUCACUCGAUACAGUGAAAUGAUCAUAAAUCCAAAUGCAAGUUCAUGGUGCCAUCCAAACAACCUCAAUGCGUGUCCCCCAUACCAUACAUUCCCUAACGGAACACGUGUACAUCGCAAUGACACUGCUAGCUUCCCUUAUGCCGCCUAUCACUUUCAUUGUUCUCCAGGGAAUGCGGGGCAUCUGGAAGUUCCUUAUAGUUUGUGUGAUCCAUAUAGCAAUCCUCAGCCUCAAGAGAUAAUACAGAUUUUACCACAUCCAGUUUGGGGUGAGUAUGGAUAUCCAACUAAGCAAGGUGAGGGUUGGAUUGGUGAUCCAAGAACAUGGGAACUUGAUGUUGGGAGGCUGUCGCAAUCACUUUACUUCUACCAGGAUCCUGGGACUCGUCCAGCUAGGAGGCAGUGGAUGUCAAUUGAUUUAGGAACUGAAAUAUUCAAAGCUCCUGAUCAAGUUGCAGAAUGGACUGUUAGUGACUUUGACAUCAUUAUACCUAAGCAAUGA